GGAACCGAAGGUAUUCUUUUCAUGGAAGAGCUAUAGUUAAGAAUGGAAGAAUUCUUAUCACUUCAGCACAACCCCUUUGGUUGAUUUCUAAAUUACGUAAAAAAUAUGUACACAAACCAAUUUUUAUUUGUCCAGUUUUUUUAACAAAUACCAAACUAUUCUGGAGUGUAACCCGUCGGCCCGUGAGCUACAAAAUAAGCCCACUAUCUUUGCAAUCAUAAAAUGUCCUCGUUACCAAGGCCCAGUUAGCGACUACGCAAAAUUAAUUCAUCGUCGUCGUCGUUCGUAUUCACAUAACUGCACCCCUCCGUCACUCUUCUUGCUGGCAUCAGUUUCUCGACGUUGGAGCCAUCGACGACGGUGGUAGGGAGCGACUUAAGGAAAACGGAAAACGGAAAACGUUGUCGUGGUAAUUGCAGUCUGAGUUAGUUAAUGGCCGCGACGGCUCAGUCUUUCAAUGGCAACUUAAAGAAAGCAUUGGCAGGGCUAAGACGCAUCAAUUUGGAAGGUCUAAGAUGGAGAGUGUUUGAUGCAAAAGGACAGGUCCUUGGAAGAUUGGCUUCACAAAUUUCAACUGUAGUUCAGGGAAAAGACAAGCCAACCUACACACCUAAUCGCGAUGAAGGAGAUAUGUGCAUUGUAAUCAAUGCAAAGGAUGUUUGUUUCACUGGGAGAAAAUAUACCGAUAAGUUUUAUCGGUGGCAUACCGGAUAUGUAGGCCACCUGAAGGAAAGGAGCUUGAAGGAUCAGAUGGCUAAGGAUCCCACUGAAGUUAUUCGGAAGGCUGUCUUAAGGAUGCUACCAAGAAACAAACUGCGUGAUGAUAGAGAUAGAAAACUAAGAAUAUUCACAGGCAGUGAGCAUCCCUUUGGUGAUAGGCCUCUGGAACCAUUUGUCAUGCCUCCUAGGCAAGUACGUGAAAUGCGCCCACAGGCUAGACGUGCGAUGAUUCGAGCUCAAAAGAAGGCUGAGCAGCAAAAAGAAGGAAUCACUUACAUAAGCAAGGGCAAGAAGAGAGAUGCAAAAGAUGGAGAAGUAGAAGCAUAACUCCUUCAGACUCCUCUUUUGGAUUUUGAUGCACUUGGAGUGCACAACAGAUGUAAUCUUAAUCUGAAUAUGCUCAAUGUCAGCUUUGAAUUUAAGUUGGUUUUUACAAUAUUUGUAUUAUUGUUGUUAUCUGGAUGGAUAGGUUUUGAGGCUUUUAUUGCCUACUAAAAUAUGUUCAAUUUAGAAAAUAAUAUACUCCAUUGUUGGCUCGUAGCCGUCGAGGUUAAGCUUCAAAUAGUACACAAUCUUUCUUUUGUUUGAGAUGAAUGGAAAUAUCAGUACUAUUUAUCGAAAUAAAUUAGGAGUGAAGGAC